AUGGCCUACCUGGAGAAGUUCAGGCCAGUCUUGGAAGGGCUAGAGGACGGCAGCCUGGUUGCUGUGGUCACCAUGACUGGGUCAUGCUGCCCCAUCACCCGGGCCCACAGCCUGGCGUUCGAAAGCUCCCGGGAUCUACUGCUGAGACCUCGGGCCGCCUCCGAGCGCUAUACGGAGGUCUUGGGAUUGCUCUCCCUGAACGGGGACCGGCACGUGGGGGAGAAGCUGCGCAGCAAGGGCCAGGAGCCCAUCCCCUUGGUGCAGCGAGGGGAGCUGGUGCGACUCGCGGCCCAAGAUUUGCCGUGGAUGGAUCUGAAUCCCGGGCGCGAGCACAGCGUGGCGGAGGAGCUGCAAACUGCAUUCCCCAGACUCAGAUUCCACAGGUUUGCGAUGAACGGAGCGGAUGACGUGUACAAGUACCAGAAGUGGCGUAGCUGCGGGCCGGAGCGGCGGAUGAUCACUAUGGGCCGGCCGGGCUUCACAGCGAAGGUGCUGGAACACGCCCAGCGCGAGAAGGUCCUGGACCAAGGAUAUUUCCUGAUGGGCCCCGAGUUGCCGGACAUCUCCUCCACCGCGGUACGCCUCGCGCUCAAGGAGAACGACGGCGCUGCCUUGGAGACGCUCCUGCACCCCAAGGUUGCUGCCUGGCUCUUGCGCUCGGGGAUCUACGGAUCAUCUACGGCCAGCGCAGGGUGA